AUGACAGAUUCCCCAAUAAUAUCUAUUUCACCAGCGACGAAUAUAACAAAUAACACGACAACUACUCAAAAUAGAAAAUGCUUGAGAAUACCAAGCUUUAAUGUUCAAAAUUAUCUCGCCGAACAUUUACAUAUCUCUCCAUAUUUGAUCGCAGAAUUAUUACGAGCUUUUAUAUCUUUUGUAUGUUUAGUGAUAGCUGCUUUCCUUUGUACUUUUGGUAUACAAUGGUCAGAUUUUCGGUGGAAAAGUUCUAAUUAUGAUAUGGAACCUUUGGUAGAUCUUGGUUUCAAUAUGAUACCACAAAUCGAUUACGUUUUUCUCGCCGACAUAACUAUGCUCACUCUAUUUGUUGGUUCUUUGGUUAUCAAUCUCAUUAUUGCUAAAUCUAAUACCGCAAGAAUUGUUAUCUUUCGUCGUAUUUGUUGGAUGCUCUCUUUUUUAUUAAUAUUCAGAAUGAUUACUAUUAGUGUUACAACUUUACCUAGUCCAAAAAAAUGUACUCCUCUUAAUCCUGGAGAUUUUCCGAACAUGCUCAAAAAUAGUGUAGAUCUUAUAGCUGGUAAUGUGAAGGCUUGUACUGAUAACAUCUUUUCUGGUCAUAGUACAUUUAUUACUAUUGGUGUCAUACUUUUUCGCGUAUACUGUCGUUAUAAAUUCAUAGUCUAUUAUUCGUAUCUUCAUGGUCUUGUCGCUUUAUCAUUACUUAUUGCAACUCGAAUGCAUUAUACUGUAGAUAUUAUAUUAGCAGUUUUCAUCACUUAUUCUGCGCAUUCCAUUUAUUUUUUUAUUGUUGAUCUUUGUAUAGAAAAACAUUUUCUAAAAAUUAAAAGAACGGAAGAUAUAAUUGGUGAUAAAGAACUUUAUCAAAGAAUAGCUUACGUACCAAAUAUGUUUAACACAAAUUUGGUUGGUGUUAUACGGUGGAUGGAUGGCUUGGACAUUCGAUUUAGACAUGAAGCUGAAAAAGCUCGUGAUAUAAAUUGGGAACAUUCAAGGCCGAGUAACGAGAUGAUGAAUGAAACGAUUCAGAUCGAAAUUAGUCAAUCACCUAAUGAGGGUGAACCAAGUCACAAUCCUAGAAAAUUUUAA